AUGUCCACGUAUUUGCCAAACGAUGACAUGGCGUCCUUCUCAAGAGUUUUGUCUAAGUCCAAGCACAUCAUUGCUGUAGCUGGGGCAGGCUUGUCGGCGGCGUCUGGAAUCCCAACUUUCCGAGGUGCUGGAGGAUUUUGGAGAAAAUAUGACGCUAUUAGCCUUGCAACGCCUGAAGCUUUUCGAAAUAACCCCUCUCGCGUCUGGCAAUUCUAUCAUUAUCGUCGGGAGAAGGCUUUGCAAUGCGAGCCUAAUCCCGCACACAUGGCUCUCGCUGCAUUUUCGAACAAACAGAUAAGAGAGGUGCUUGCGCCUCGGUCAACAUUCACUCUCAUAACUCAAAACGUCGACGGAUUGAGUCGAAGAGCACUGGACAGCAUUCCUUCCUCGGUUCCAGGUAUCGAUAUCGACGCAGGAGCCAUCGACUCGCAACCUGUGCUGCUUGAGAUGCAUGGACGUCUUUUCGACGUCGUAUGCACGUCCAGCGCGUGUGGUCACAGGGAGCUGAACUUCACUUCUCCCAUAGUACCAGCUUUAGCCGGUACCGAAAAGUUUGUCGAGGCUGCAGACAUAGAGCCGGAAAUCCCUACCACGGACCUCCCGAGAUGCUCUAAAUGCGGUGCUCUUGCGCGCCCCGGCGUUGUCUGGUUUGGUGAAGUACCACAUUAUCUAGACGUCAUCAGCAAGCUCGUGGACAAAGCAGACUUGUGCAUCGUAGUGGGUACCUCAUCGACGGUGUACCCGGCGGCUGGUUACGCAAGCGAAGUGCAGGAUCACGGCGGGAAAGUAGCAGUAUUCAACUUGGACCGAAGUGAAGGAGACGAAGAUGCCGAUUUCCUAUUUCUGGGACCAUGCGAGAAGACAUUGCCUGCUGCACUAGGAUUGAAGAAAGAUUAA